UUUCAUUCACUUGGUCUGUUGGUCUAUAAUUCACUCAGCGACUCAGUUUAGUUCAAUUUUUCGUUACCUCGUUGCUCGUUUAGUGAUUUUGAAGCCGCGUGACUAUCGUGAAAUAAGUACAGUAUCGGCGAUUAUAUUUACGACUUUUUGAGUGAAAAUGGAGGAUAUAAAAGCCGGUCAAAAUCUGAAUAUGUUCCUCAUCGGCGGGCUUACGGUCUUAAUAUGUUUUAUAUUUCACUUAGUAUAUAAAGCCUUCUUCUCUACUACGAAAGGAGAUGCAUCGCUUACUACAGAGAGCGAUUCAGGUGCUCACGUAGACGACGCCGUCUCUGAAGCAACGCAAGUCGAGAACCGGCCAAGUAAAAGCAAGAAGCGUGCUCAAUGGAAGGGGAAAUCGGAGUUCACACAUCCCUGGCUAUUGAAGAAUCUCAAAGGUCACCCCGGCAACGUGCUGCAUAUGGACUUCUCAGCGAACGGAAAAUUCAUGGCAGCCACAUGUGAUGAUGGCUCUGUGAUUCUAUGGGACGUCAGGAAUCUGAAUCAGAAAGAGCACAAGACUCUGCGCGUGAACAUACCAUACGAUUAUGCAUCGCGCGUGGCUUGGAGCCCCGAUUCUAAGGCGUUCAUAGUUCACACGGCCAGAGAGAACAAUAUCAUCGUUUACAAGAUCGAGAAGAAGAAAGACGGCGCUAUUGGGGCUGCUACUCCUGUCAUCACUUUUGAUAAGGUACACGAGGAGAACAUUGUCGGUUUCGGUAUUUCAAGCAACGGAAAAUUCAUGAUGUCGUGCUCUUCUAAAACGGACAUGGUGAUCUGGGACUUAAAGGGUCAACAACUAGACCGUCUGGAUACUUAUUUGAUGAGCACACAUUCUGCCAAGAUAUCGCCGUGCGGUCGCUUCGUAGUUGCCACUGGUUUCUCGCCCGACGUCAAAGUGAUGGAGGUCUGUUUCACGAAGACUGGAGAGUUUAAACAAGUGACAAAAGCUUUCGAGUUAACCGGCCACUCGUCCGGGGUGUAUGAUGUAGCGUUCGACGUUGACACUUCCCACAUCGCCACCAUAUCCAAGGACGGCACGUGGAAGCUGUACCACACAAAGAUCGAGUACAGUCGCGGUGAGUCUCCUCACGUCCUGGAGACUGGCAAGUACACGCAGUGCGCCGCAUCACCAAACAUUGCGUUGUCGCCCAACGCGGAGGUACUCGCAGUGGCCGUUGACAGCGCCGUCGAGUUCUACGACACGUAUACAGGACAACUGUAUGAUACCGUUGAUAAUAUCUACUCAGGCAUUAUUAACUAUAUGUGUUUUGAUGCGAGCGGCAAAUAUCUAUUCGUCUGUGGGGAUAAAGUUGUGAGGGUAUUGCACAAUGUGUGCGGGUACUUCACCACUAUAGCUAGCUGCACCCGACUUCUCUCGCAGAAGCAGACCUCGGCUACUACAGAGAGACUCAACAACACAAUCCAGUCUUGUAAAGAGACUCUAGCGAGCUUCGGGAAGCAGGUCUAAGUUACCAUCGGAUUGUGAAAAUCGCCAGUUUUUAAUCUCACUAGCUAUAUAUACUAACAGAAUAUUUGUUUUUUUUUUCAAAUAUAAAUUUUAACAAAUUUAAGUAUUGAUGCAAAAUAUUGUCUAAGUAAAACUAUCAUUCGUUUAUUUUUUUUUGUGCUUUGACGCCAUUUUAUAAUGUGUCUAGAGAGAUUAUAAACUGACGUUGAUCAUUGUAUAACAGUGAUGCUAUGUCAAAUGCAUUUAUUUUUUGCCCGACUGACUUAGAAGGGUAUUUUUAAUAUAGUAACUAAGUUUUACUAUGUCCAAUGAACCAGUGUUAAAUGACUAUAUUUCUAAUGUU